AUGGCGCGAGGGAGAGUGCGUAAGAUCCUCUUCCGCAUCUUCUACUCGACUUCCUUCACCAUCGUUUUCCUACUUACGAUAGCAUUCGCCUGUGCCGGUCCUAUCGAUUUGCUUUAUCAAUCAUACCGCAGAAAUCGUCUCAUUGAUUUGUUUAUCGUAGGCGGCAUUUACUUUACCACGGGAUUGGUAGCAACCUUCUUCUAUGCGAGCAGGUUGUACACUAACCGAAGCAUCCUGAAAGACAUACCGAAGACCUAUAUGCCCCUCGACAAAGGUGAACUUCCAGGCAAAAGAGUGUGGCGCCUGAUUGAGGAUUGCAAGAAUCGUUCGGCUGUGAUCGCAUACCUGGCAAGGCCAAGAAGCAGAAGAGUCGAGGUUGAAGUUAGCUAUGCAAGAGACCGGAUUCAUACUUUGCUCAGACCUGAGCAUUCAGAACACUACCGCCCAUACCAGCCACAAUGGGGCGUAAUCUCACAUCCUGGAUGGUCGAGUCCAGCAGCAAAGGACACUCCUAACCUGGCAUACAACACGGUCGUUGCUGAACUGACAGACUUGAUUGAAGCACGAGCUGUCAGCCUUGCACCAGUCGAUCCUGAGAUAUCACCCGACGAGCAAGGACUGAUGCACCCAGAUGAGGACGUUAUUGAAGCACUCAGACGACCCGAAGAGAUUGGGAUGAGGCAGUAUGUGUCGCAGCUCGUUUCAUUUGAUGUUCUCGAGGAUAACUCCUUGCUUGUUGCAUUUCUUACUCUCUACGAACGAGCUCGCUUCGCGCCUGAACCUCUGUCCGAAGACGAGUUCAACUCCCUUAUGCGCAUGUUCGCCGAAGUCCUAAGGACCAUGAAGCCAAUAAACACUUCUCAGCUUGAUCUCGACGACAAGAGUGGUAAUGAUCAUAGAGAUGACAGACUGCUCGGAAGUCGACCAAUUGCUAUCGCCCACAGUCCUGCUGCAAUGGCUUCUUCCUCAUCCCUAGCAAGCUCCAUCGCGGGUAGCGUCCGCCGCCACUACCCUACCACAACUUUUAACAACCACAAUCCAACAACAUCUUCCACCACCGCUGUCCCACGCAUAUCCCACGACUCCGUCCGCUCCAUAUCCUCCAACGACCUGUACACCGACGCAGAAAACUUCAGCAACUCAAGUCCAAACGCUACAUGGAGCUCGCCCACAUCUCGACCUCCCUUCUUCCGCAUUCGCUCCUCCCAGUCCUACCUCAGCAGCCUCAGUCACAACCACGGCAGAAGCAGCAGGAACAGUAGGAACAGGAAUCGAAGUCCCCGCCACCCCACUACAGGCAGGGUACGUUCCAGCCUCGGCCGCAUGGCCAGCAGGCGUUCGCUCGAGUCAGAUGCCACAGGAGGGUCGAAUCUCAGUUUAAGGAGUCUGAGGAGUGCACGAAGUAAUGGGAAUGUGAUCCGGUUGAAUCCGGAUUUGGAGAGGAGUGGAGAUCUACCGUAUCAGUUUGUGAGUUGA